AUGGGUAAGACAAGGAGUAUGAGUAGAGACCAGAACCAUGAUGAUGCAUCUAUCCGGAAGAAGAUCAAGACUUGUGAUCCUUGGUCAGAUCUUAACUAUGAUGUGCUUUUCUUAGUUAUGAUGCGACUUGGAGUUGUUGAUUUUCUUGCAUUCAGCAGAGUUUGUAAGUCAUGGAGAUCACUUGCAGUCUCUAACAGGAACAAGUUUAUAGUGUCCAGACCACCCAUGCCCAUGUCCAUUUCUAUCUCUACUGAUGCUAAUCAUGAGAGUAAGUGCUACUUAGAGGACUUUGAAGGAAGAAAGUUAAAAAUCAGCCUUCCUCAUUCUGAUUAUAAGGCAUGUGUUGGAGUAAGUUAUGGUUACUUGAUUCUGAUUCGUGAGAAAACCAAUAUUUUUUGGCUUGUGAAUCCUAUCACAAGGCAUGAAUUUCAUGUCCCUUCCCCUUUCCUUAAUGUCCAUUCCUGCACUUCUUUUCUGGGGGAUAUCCUUGUCUUUUCACCUUUAAGAAGGUGUAUGUGGCCAGAUCCAAAUUUACAUCCGGACGAGAUGGAAAUGGAGAAGGGCAACAGUGGCACAAUGACUAGAAGAGAUGGACAGAGGUGGGGUCUCGAUUACCCAUCCCAUCAUCUUGUGUAUCGCUGCUCAGACCUCACAUCUAUAAGGAUUCCUUAA